AUGGCGCUGGCCAUUUUCGACGAAUCGCUUGUCGAGCUCCCAUGCGACGUCAGUUAUGAUGCCUCCAAGUGUUCCACGUCAGCUGAGCUCCUCCAGGAGUUUCUGAAACGCCAUCCGAACGCUGCGAGCGUACAGCUCGGCGCGCAGGCCGUGCUGGGCUACUCGCACGACGGCGACGACUCCUUCCAUCGCACGCAGCUCGCCGCAUCCGGCGACGUCUUCUGCGUCUUCACCGGUCGCAUAGACAACGUCGCACAGCUGCGACGGUCGUACGGCGUCGCAGGCGGCCACGGUCACGACACGAGCGAGUCGCAGCUCGUGCUGGGGAUGUACAAGGUGCUUCGGAGUGCCCUUCUGUACGACCAGGUGUCGCAUUCUGCGGAGUCCGCGCUGGCGGAGAUGGUCGGGCCGUUUUCCACGAUGAUUUACGACAACGAAACGGGAAACGCGUUCAUCGCCGCUGACGGCGACAGCCACGUGGAGCUGCACUGGGCCAUGUGUCGCGACCGUCGCAUCGCCGUGUCGCACGACAUCAAUCUGCUGCGAGCGUGCUGCCCCACCACCCACGCGCCCUUCCCUCCCGGCUGCUUUUUCUCCACGGCUACUGGUCUCGGCAGUUUCGAGGACCCUGGCAGGGAAUUUCGCCCUGUGCCCCACAUCGACAGCUCGGGUCGAAUCUGCGGCUCUCGUUUUGUACCUGUAGAGGUUUCGCCCGAGCAUGUUACAUGCGGUCGUGUUACGUGUACACUCGGGAAUAUUGGUAGUGAGUCUGAUUUGACAGCAAUUUGA